AUGUCUAGCAAUCUGGCUGGCUUCCAUGCACCUAUCCGCUAUGGUAGGACUCUGACCUAUGCCCUAUUCGAUCUGUGCCUUCACCCCGAAUACUUAGAACCACUCCGCCAGGAGAUACAUGAUAAUUGUACCGAAGAAGACGGGCUUGUAUCUGACGCCGAUCUUCUCCUUCUCGACAGCUUCCUCAAGGAGUCAAGUCGGCUCAACGGUUCCGAAACCAUCAGCUUGAGGCGCAAGGCUCUCAAGAACUUCAACUUUUCCGACGGCGCGCACAUCACGGCAGGCGAUUCGGUCUGCGUACCUUUGAGAGCCAUGGGCCGCGAUCCCGCACAUUUCAACGAUGCACACACCUUUGACGGAUUCAGGUUCGCACCCAAGCCAGGAGCACGGAGAGGAAUCAAGUAUACGGAGAACAGUCCUUUAUAUCCUUAUUGGGGCUAUGGAAAGGAGUCGUGUCCAGGCAGGUUCUAUGCCGCAGUGGCGAUCAAGACCACGCUGGUGUACAUGCUGAGAAACUAUGACUUCAAAUUAGCAGAUGAAACUGCUCCGAGGACGUUCUCCUGGCGCACGACAAUCAUCCCACGUUCCUCGACUAAGCUACUGAUCCGUCGCCGCGAGGUGUGA